AUGCAAGUCUUGCAAACAAAUUUAUCGAUAAAGCUCUUGAGUUUACCUAAACUUCAAUCCUUAUUUUGCCACAGGAGACACCACGGUAUUUAUCUUGAUGAAUAUCCUGUGCACCAUGGUGAUGAUAGGAAUCUGGGUAAUAGACAAGAACGCUGGGAACAAGAAGCAAGGGUGGCUACAAGUCACAAUGAAGAAUUGCCACGUGACAGCUCAGUCACUAAGGGGAUAGGAAUCAUGGGCACCAGAGGAAUCAAUCUGAAGGGAAUUCAGAGGAGUUUCGUGGCAAAAGGAAACGGAAAAGAAGACAGGCUAUGUCUCUGGAAGACAAAUCCACUGGCAAGCAUUCUGUCUCCUGCCAGCCUUACCCUAACGUGGAUGGUGGCAGAUUAUCUGAUCACCGUUCACCUAAAUCUCCUGAAAGACACUCUCACAUGGACGUUGGGAUGGAAGAUGACAAGCAUUCUGGGAGUAAUAGCUUCUCUGUAUCACGGUUCUACUCACAAACAAGACAUGGUGGAAAUCUGGAUGAUGAUUUGGACCUCAGAUCCAUCGCUGGGCUAUCCAGAGGGACCACAGACAUCCAUAGUUAUAGAUCUUAUGAGAUGGAGAAGUAACUCCACUUAUGGUGGUAUGAAUACUUCUACAAUGCAACGAUAUGCUCCUCGACUGGAUGAGCUAAACCAUGGAAGGAUUAAUCAUGUGAGGUCAGGACAGCCUUUGCCAGAUAUGAGUGGUGCAUUCCGUCCUCCAGUUCCAAGGCCUGGAUCAUUAGGCUUUGUUCCUGGACCUCAUCACCCGUUUCCUGAGCAGAAUUCUUCAUGUUGGUUUAAUGAGUAG